CAAUCCACAGCGUGUUUUGUCCUCGUGCUGUUGGUGUGUGUCAGACACACAGCGAGCCUGUCGGACACCAUGCAAGGUUGGUUGACGACAGGAGACCACAACAAUCUGUUACGCCAGCUUCCUAGAAUAUACGGAAGUACUGGGGGAGGAAGAGGCGUUCACAUUAAUAUUGACAAGACAAAGCGGUACCAGACCAUGGAGGGAUUUGGUGCUGCACUCACGAGCUCGGCCGCUUACGUCAUCCACAAUAGUCCCGAAUAUGAUGAAAUCGUUAAUGAACUAUUUAGUCCCUACGCCGGAAUCGGUAUCAGCUACAUUAGACUGCCGAUGGGAGCAUCAGACAUUCAGGCUGAAGCGCCAUACACGUACGCCGACACCCCAUACGAUUUCAACCUCGACCACUUUAGUAUAGAGAAGGAUCGCCAGUUCAUCAUCCCCGUCAUCAAGAAAGCACUCAGAGUAAACCCAGGUUUGAAGGUAAUGGGAACUCCAUGGACUGCUCCGGCGUGGAUGAAAACCAGUAACAAACUCCAGGGAGGUCAACUGAAGCGGGACAACAACAUCAAUGACGCUUACGCUAAAUAUUUUCUGAAGUUUGUACAGGCAUAUCAAAAUGAAGGAAUUCACAUCACCGCAGUUACAGUUCAGAACGAACCGCUUAACGGUAAUAACCAAUAUCCUACCAUGGAGAUGUCGUGGCAACAGGAAAGUGAGUUCGUUAAGCACCACCUAGGUCCAGUGUUCCGAUCAAAUAACAUCAAUACAAAGAUCUUGCUGUAUGACCACAACUGGGACAAUAUCGACUACGCAAAUAAUAUUUUAAAUGACCACGAGACAAGUCAAUAUGUAUCGGGAGUGGCAUGGCAUUGCUACGCUGGAGACAAGAACGCGCCGCUUCAGCUACAUAACAGACAACCGUCAUUUGAUAUGUACUUCUCCGAAUGUUCGGGUGGCACAUGGGCUAAUGAUUUCAGCGGAAACUUAAUGUGGAAUGCCGAGACAUUAUUCAUCGCCCAGCCUCGCGCAUGGACGAAGACUGUCUUACUGUGGAAUCUUGCACUGGAUGAAAACCAUGGACCGCACGUGGAAACGGCUGGAGGCUGCAAGACGUGUAGAGGCGCGCUCACAGUGCAGUCACGCGGGGGGUACACCAAGGAAGUAGAAUUCUACCUUAUCGGUCAUCUUAGCAAGUUCGUCAAACCUGGGGCGGUCAGGAUAGACUCCAAUACGAGUCAGAACAUUAACACUGUAGCCUUCCAGAACCCUGAUGGAUCCGUCGCCGUGCUGGUUCAGAAUUCUGAUUCAAACUCUCAUGAUGUCACAAUACAAGUGGACAACAACGGCCGAUCGUAUACGUAUCAGAUGCCUGGUCAUGCGAUCGCAACUUUCGUCCUCUGA